AUGGAGAUCGUGUACGUGUACGUCAAGAAGCGCAGCGAGUUCGGGAAGCAAUGCAACUUCUCCGACCGCCAGGCCGAGCUGAACAUCGACAUCCCGCCCAACCCCGAGCUGGCGGAGCUGUUCGUGGAGCGGAACCCGGUGGACACGGGCAUCCAGUGCUCGGUCAGCAUGUCGGAACACGAGGCCAACACAGAGCGGUUCGAGACGGAGACCCGCGGGGUUAACCACGUCGAGGGGGGCUGGCCCAAGGAUGUGAACCCUCAGGAGCUGGAGCAGACGAUCCGCUUCCGGAAGAAAGUGGAGAAGGACGAGAACUACAUCAAUGCCAUCACGCAGCUGGGCUCGAUCAUGGAGCACUGCAUCAAGCAGAACAACGCCAUCGACAUCUACCAGGAGUAUUUUGACGACGAGGAGGCCGUGGAGGUGACGGAAGAGGCCCCUUCGGCCAAAACCAUCAACGUCUUCAGGGACCCCCAGGAGGUCAAGCGGACGGCCACGCACCUCUCCUGGCACCCCGACGGCAACAGGAAGCUGGCCGUGGCUUACUCCUGCCUCAACUUCCAGCGGGCCCCCUUGGGCAUGAGCCACGAGUCGUACAUCUGGGACCUGGAAAACCCCAACAAGCCAGAAAUCACGCUGAAGCCGUCUUCCCCGCUGGUCACCUUGGAGUACAACCCCAAAGACUCGCACGUACUCAUUGGCGGCUGCUACAACGGGCAGAUAGCCUGCUGGGACACCCGGAAGGGCAGUCUGGUGGCCGAGCUGUCCACCAUCGAGUUCAGCCACCGGGACCCCGUGUACGGCACCAUCUGGCUGCAGUCCAAGACGGGCACCGAGUGCUUCUCGGCGUCCACGGACGGGCAGGUCAUGUGGUGGGACAUCCGCAAGAUGAGCGAGCCCACCGAGGUGGUGGUCAUGGACAUCAGCAGGAAAGAGCAACUGGAGAACGCCCUGGGGGCCAUCUCCCUGGAGUUUGAGUCUACGCUGCCGACCAAGUUCAUGGUGGGCACCGAGCAGGGCAUCGUCAUCUCCUGCAACCGCAAGGCCAAGACGCCGGCCGAGAAGAUCGUGUGCACCUUUGGGGGCCACCACGGCCCCAUCUACGCCCUCCAGAGGAACCCCUUCUACCCCAAGAACUUCCUCACCGUGGGCGACUGGACGGCGCGCAUCUGGUCUGAGGACAGCCGGGAAUCGUCCAUCAUGUGGACCAAGUACCACAUGGCCUAUCUCACGGACGGCGCCUGGAGCCCCACGCGGCCGGCGGUUUUCUUCACCACCAAGAUGGAUGGGACCCUGGACAUCUGGGACUUCGUGUUCAAGCAGUGCGACCCCGCCCUCAGCCUGAAGGUGUGCGACGAGGCCCUGUUCUGCCUGCGGGUGCAGGACAGCGGCUGUCUCGUAGCCUGCGGCUCCCAGCUGGGGACGACCACCCUGCUGGAAGUGUCCAGCGGGCUGUCCACCCUGCAGAGGAACGAGAAGAACAUUGCUUCUUCCAUAUUUGAGCGGGAGACCCGGCGGGAGAAGCUCCUGGAGGCGCGGCACCGAGAGAUGCGGCUGAAGGAGAAAGGCAGGGCGGAGGGCAAGGACGAGGACCAGAGCCACGACGAGCUGGCCGUCGACCUGGACCAGCUGGUCUCCAAGGCCGAGGAGGAGUUCUUCGACAUCGUCUUCGCCGAGCUGAAGAAGAAGGAGGCCGAGGCCAUGCAGAAGAAGCCAGAGACUCAAGAGAAACCCCCGGCUUCGGAGUCCGAGGAGGACGUGCUGGGGGAGGAGCCUCUCACGGAUUCCCCAGCUGUCACCUUCCUCCGGGAGCCUCCUGUGGGCCUGCCGCAGCCUUCGGCGGGACCUCGGGAAGACGGGCCUGCCUUGUGGACCCCCCUCAGCCACCUGCGCACCGGGAGAAAACCCGCCCACUCCAGAGAGACUUUCAGAGCUGCUCCCAGGCAGCGUGCGCACUCAGCCACGGCAGAGGCCUCCAAGUGCGCAUGCGCCUGA